AUGUCUCAUGAAAACGGCCUAUUUCCCGUCUGGUGCGACGACUUUCGACCUCAGAAUAUAUUGAUCAACAAAGAUGAAAGGGUCGCUGGGGUAGUGGGCUGGGAGUUUACCUAUACCGCGCCCGUUGAGGUCACUCGUACUCCACCCUGGUGGCUUCUUCUCGAAAAGCCGGAAUAUUGGACCCAAGGCCUUGAUGACUGGUGUGCCCAGCAUGAGAAACGGCUUCCGGUAAUCCUUCAGGCAAUAAUGAAGUGCGAAGAGGAGGCAUGCCAGACUGGGAAUGGACAGCUCCAAGAAAGCCAGCGACUCUCGAGUCAGAUGCGACGUAGUUGGGAGAGCGCAGAUUUUUGGAUCAUGUAUGCUGCAAGGAACAACUUUGCCUUUGAUGCCAUCUACUGGAACAAGAUCGAUCAACGAUUCUUCGGGUCUAGUGGAUCUGACAACAAUAUAUGCGAUGUAUGGAAAAGACUUGGUCUCCUGGAACCCGAAGAAUCAGAAGUCAUGGAAAAGUAUUCGAGUUUGAAGCUUCAGGAGAAUAAGACAAGGGUUCUGUCUUGGGGCCCUGAUGAAUACACCGCAGAAUAUAUGGCCAAGAUGAAAGCUUGA